GAAGCGGCUUAGGCAUGCUGGCCACAUGACCCAGAAGCUGCACGUCGGCUCCCUCAGCCAAUAAAGCGAGAUGAGCGCCGCAACCCCAGAGUCGGCCACGACUGGACCUAAUGGUCAGGGGUCCCUUUACCUUUACUUAAGGCUAUCAGUGGUUUUUUGGCCUUGAUGGUGUCCAGGUAUUGUCAGGGACUGGACUGAGGAGGAAUGGUAGGGGCCGACCUCCCUUCUCCUGAACCUUCCCAAGAACAGGAGGACAGUAUAGAUUUAGAACAGUGGUUUGCAGAAGGCCAUAGUUCAGAGGCUGCAGAAGGGAAAUAUUGGGAGAAGAACAGCAGGAAGAAGAAGCGCUGGGGGAGAAACAGCUGACAGACUCAGUGUCUUUGGAAAGCCUUCCCGAGCCCCCCUCUUCCAGGACUAGGCGGGCAUUGAGAGUAGUAGAACAGAAAACUCAGAGGCAGAAAGCUCAGUUCAGCCAUCGCAGGGAUGACGGAGGGGGUUGGACUUUACUCGGAGCGAUGCCAUUAUUUAAUAGAGACUGCAUUCCUUCAUCUCUCUCUCUCUGUGAAUACUGAAUAAAUGACGUGGUAAGCCAGUCAUCUGAUACUCAGUAUCGAGGAUCCAUGGCAAGCGUUUCAACAAGGAGAAGAAAGUCCAUAAGAUCCCACAAAUGGGCGCUGACAAGGCAGCUUCUGCUAGUUACCCUGCUUACUUCCUCUGGCUCAUCUCUACAAUAUGGUUACAACCUCUGGGUGGCCAGCCAUCCAUCUACGCUCAUAUCAAACUUUUACAAUGGCACGUAUCAACAGAGGAAGAAGGCCAACGUAGAUGAAGAAGACUAUAUUGAUUUCCUCUACACUUUCACCAUUGCAAUCUAUUCCCUUGGAGGCCUGAUUGGGUCCCUUCUGGUCAGCUUCAUGGUGGACAGAUACGGCAGGAAAGGGGCCUUGGUAAUAAAUAACAUUAUGUCCAUAUUCUCUGCUGGUUUCAUGGGAUGUUCUGCUGUGAUACAUGCCUAUGAAUACACCAUAUUUUCACGCUUGGUCACUGGAAUGUGCUCAGGCAUGUUCUCCUGCAUCGUCCCACUAUACCUUGGAGAGAUAUCCCCUAGAAACAUGAGGGGGUCCAUUAUGACGGUCCCUAUGAUCUUUGUCACCAUUGGCGUCAUGGUCUCACAAAUCCUUAGUCUUCAAGAGCUUCUCGGGACUGAGAAAGGUUGGCCGCUAUUGCUGUGCUUCACUGGAAUCCUGGCGGUGUUUCAAGUCAUCGUCUUGCCCAGCUUCCCCGAAAGCCCAAGGUUUCUCCUGAUUCAGAGGAAUGAUGAGGUGAAAGCCAGGCAAGUCUUGCAGAGGCUGAGAUGCCAUGAUGAUGUGGAGAGUGAGCUUGAGGAGCUCCACCAGGAGAACGUCUCGGUAAGGGUGGAGAAGGAGAUGAACGGGAUGAAGCUGCUGUGCAACCAAGCCAUGCGUUGGCAAAUAAUCUCCGUGGUCAUCCUCAUGAGUGGCCAACAGCUCACAGGCGUCAAUGCGGUGUUCUAUUACUCAGAGAGAAUCUAUGCAACUUUGAGGGUCAAGAAGCAGGAAGCCCGGUAUAUCACUGUGUUGGCAAGUAUUUUCAUCGCAAUCUCGCUGAUGAUCGUGGUUUAUACAGUGGAUUUAGUGGGGCGAAGGAUCCUCCUCCUCACUGGAUUUGCGAUAUGCAGCAUCCUCUGCAUUCUGUUAACCAUGACCCUCGAACUUCAGGAAACCAUGCCAUGGAUGACAUACGUCACUUCAGUCUUUUUCCUCAUCUUGAUCUUUGGGCACAUCCUUGGGCCAGGUCCCAUACCCAACGUGAUCAUACUGGAGCUGUUCCUCCAGCCAUCCCGCUCCAUAGCCUUCAUGCUCGGGGGCUUUGUGCACUGGUUCCUGCACUUCAUUAUGGGGAUGAUAUUCAUUCAGAUAGAGACACGGAUUGGUUCCUACACCUUCCUCCUCUUCUGGCCUCUCUGCGUGUUCAGCUUCAUUUACAUCUUCAAGGUUAUCCCAGAAACCAACGGCAAGACCUUUCUGGAAAACAAGAAGUACAUGUCGUCAAUGGCCAAGAAGGUGAAGGUCCAGGUCCAGUUCCCAAUCCGGCGGACGUCACAGGACAAGGACAGAAGGCGGUCAACACGCCACAGCGUCAGAAGCGACAGCGUCAGAAGGGAUAGCAUCAGACCCGAUAGCGGCAGACGGGAUAGCAUCAGACCCGAUAGCGGCAGACGGGAUAGCGGCAGACGGGAAAGCGGCGGCAGACGAGAAAGUGGCGGCAGACGGGAUAGCGUCAGACGGGAAAGUGGCGGCAGACGGGAUAGCAGCGCCAAACGGGAUAGCAGCGCCAAACGGGAUAGCAGCGCCAAACGGGAUAGCAGCGCCAAACGGGAUAGCGGUGGCAAACGGGAUAGCAUGAAACACAAAGAAAGCCUCAAAAGAAAACAAAGACCAUCCGCCGUUUCUUAAUGCUACCUGCCCUUCGCUGGUAUACGAAUGACGGUUGCUUCUCUUCCUAUCCAAAGCCUACUCUUUUUCUGUUCAGACUUUUCUACUCUCCUACCAUGAAUUACUGCUAUAAUUAUAUUACCAAAUACACA